AUGUUCAGGAACACCUGCUGCAGGAACACAGCCAGCGCCGCAGUGACUCUGCACCAGGACCAGGCCCUCAACACGACCCUGUUCCUCCUCAAGUCCUUCGGCCCAACAGGCUUCCUCCUGCGAGAGGAGGGCGAGGUCAGGGACGCCAAGGUGUGCUUGGGGGACCCGCAUACGUGCACGUGCCCCGUGUUCACCAAGGAGCAGGAGCCAUGCAAACACAUCUGCUGGAUUUUACUGCGGAAAUUCAGACUACCCAGAGAACAUGAAUACUCGUUUCAGCACGGCCUCGUGGAGAGGCAGAUCCUGGAGGUGCUCCGCGGUUUACACCAAACCAAAGAGCGCCGGACGGGCGGCGACUCCUCGGCCGCUUCUGGCGCCGCGAGCCCACCGGCCGCCGCCCGGGAGGCUGGAAGCGUCUGCCGGAGAGUGAUCCAAGCCCAGGAUGUGUGUCCCAUCUGUCAAGAAGGGCUGCUGGAGAAAAAACUGCCCGUGUCUCACUGCAGGUUCGGCUGCGGCAACAACGUCCACGUCUCCUGCAUGAAGGUGUGGGACGAGCACCAGAGCCGGUCGGACGGGGACGAGGCGGUGAAGUGCCCUCUGUGCAGGGAGCGCUUCAGCUCUCGCAAGUUACUCCGAGAGCUGGUGAGGAGCGCGGCGAGGCUCUCCACCGCCUCCGAGAGGGAGAAGCCCGACCGGCACCUGGGAGUUCUGUGCCACGGCUGCCGGCUCGGCCCGGUCACCGGCAAAUGUUUCAAAUGCACGGUCUGCAGGCACUUCUAUCUCUGCGAGGACUGCUCCCUGAAGGGAUGCCACCCGCAGCAUCCCUUUGCUUCACGCACGAAAAGAAGAGAAAAAUGGCGUCUCGUGGCCGACGACCUGAAGGGGGCGACCUCUCAGUCCGCCGAUGACAGCCUCGUCCCUGCAGCUGCAGACCCUCUCCCGAGGAGCGUGUUGCACGGUCUGUACACGGUCCGAGUGAGACCGGGGUCUCGGCUCCUGGACGUGGGUCAGCAGUGUCGGCUCUGUCUGCUGGACUUCGUGCUGGGUCAGCGCGUCCGAACUCUGCCCUGCCGCCACAAGUUCCACGCCGACUGCGUGGACGGGAUCCUGCGGGAGUCCAACUCCUGCCCCUUGGACGGCUACGUCAUUUACAGCCCCUUGACCUGCAGCACCAGUGACAGAAAGCCCUCCUCGAAGGCCGCUGCCACGCGGCCAGAUCUUAACCUCAAAGACCUGUUUGUUCCAGGAGUGGCUCUGCGGGGCAGGAACCCCAAAGUCACUCCCUCACGCGGUUCUCUUCGUCUAGAAGUGCUGCCGAGCUCUCCGGUGACUUCAAACACCUCUCAGCGGCGAAUGGCCGACCGGUUUCAGGGCCUGUGCUUCGCUGCAGAAGAGGGAACAAUAACUGCUCUUAAUCCUGCAAGCAGCAUGCAAAGAGCCGCAGGGAGCAGCCACAGGUGA